AUGAUAGAUAUGCAACGUCACUCCUUCGAGGAAACCUCUACAGGAAGUCACAAACAUCCUUUGACUUCACACUCUCGAUCCGAGUCUUCCAAGGACAAUGGACCUGUCCAACUGACUGAAUUCGCAACCAUCAAUUUGCCAUUCUUUGAAACACCUACUUCUCAAUCAUUGUCAAAGCCCAACCCUCAACCUGUUCUGACACCCGUCCCUCGUUCCAAAGAAAAUCGGGUGUCAUCACCCAAAAGAGGUCGCAGCAGAGUCAGGAACAAUGGGAAUACAGCAGCAGCAAGAAGUUCCUUCCAAAGUCCGAUGUCGCCUAAUAGAUUCAUCCCAAAGAGAGACUUCGUGGAACCAACAUCAACAACCUUUCGUGUGGCCAAGCAUCCACAGCGCCUUUCGCCUCAGGAGAGACUAUUUCGACGACUUCCUCCUUGGGAUGAUCCAUUUCUGCCCUCAAUCCCGCAUAGGGCUUAUGUUGCCAACAGGCCCCGGCAGUCAACUCGACUCCAGCAGAUCCCACAUCAACGGCCUCGUCUAGUUGCCGAAGGCAAUAUCACAGGCAACAACACCGCCCAUGAAUCUUUGAGACAGGUCAGCUCUGGUGCAGUUUGGAACGUGGGUGGGGCUUCUGCAGUCCUCGGUAGUUCCCUUACUGCAGCCCCUGAUGACACGCCGCUCAGGUCGACCAAUGGGUCAUCAACUGCCCCAAAUUUCGUGGCUCGGUUCUUACCCAAAAGACCCAAAUACAGUGAACAAGAAAUCCAUGAGUCAAGGCUUGCGCUUGCCUUGGGAAUUGACCCAACGACCAGACAGCUCGGUACUACUUGUCUGCGGUAUCUGGAUGCUCCCCUCAAUCCAGCAUCCCCUGACUUUGAGCGCCUCUCUCCGUUUGAGUGGAAGGACAGUGCUUGGAAGAAAGUUGAAAAAGAGCAUUGGCCCACAUCUCCUGCCAGAAAAGAGGUUGUUCCACCGAAGCCUUUUCGAAUCCUUGAUGCUCCCUUCCUUCGGGAUGAUUUCUACUGCAGCACUCUUGCAUACUCAACGACAUCUGGGAUACUGGCUGUGGGCCUGGCUCAUCAAGUAUAUCUCUGGUCUGAAGGCCAUGGAGUGGAUUAUCCCCCCUUUCCGGAUCUGCACCCCUCAAAUUAUGUGACUUCCCUGUCAUUUUCUUCUGAGGAUGGCGGGCGAAGCAUUCUUGCAGUGGCCCGGCGAUCUGGUCAAUUGUCUCUAUGGAGCACAUUCGAGAAGCAAGCCCGGUUUGAAAUCAGUCAUCCCAGUACCCUUACAUGCGUGGCAUUUAAGCCCAAAACAUCACGGCGAUUUUCAGAGCGGUUCAUGCAUGUGUUAGUCGAUGUGGAGGAGAUUGUUGUCGGCGAUGACUUUGGGAAUAUCUGGUACUAUUCGGUCGAGUGGUCUGACCAAGAAGACCAAGCUAAGUGGAAAUGGAAUGGGUCCAUGACGCUUCUUGCCAAGAUAUGUGCACACACUCAACAAAUCUGUGGACUGGCCUGGUCACCCGAUGAGAAGUACCUUGCCACGGGCGGUAAUGACAAUGCCUGCCUUCUCUUCAAACUGGCCGAGAUUGUUCCACCCCAGCAUUUGAAGUAUACGGCCCCACCCAUUAUGCCCCCGGAUUCCCCCAGUAGCUUUAGUCUCGGUGUAUUUCCAUACAUUGAACUGGGCACCGCAAGAAGACAACUGUCUCUUAGACGGCCUGCUCUCCCAUCAUGGCUUGCUGCGCCGAUUAAGCCUCCGACCACAGCCGCGCUUUUAAACCAUGCCGGCACUCUAAUUUCGGGUGGUGGGCGAACGAUUCUAGUCCCACACGGUCGUCAGAAGCACCGUCUGAUGCACUCCGCUGCUGUCAAAGCAAUUGCAUUUGCGCCAUGGCAUUCAUCCCUGCUCGCGACGGGGGGAGGUACUAACGACAGAGCGAUACACUUCUAUCACACCCGGAGCGGAGCGUGUCUCGCAACGAUCAAUGUCUUUGCGCAGGUGACAAGUCUGAUAUGGAGCGAAACUCGACGUGAGAUCGCUGCUACUUUCGGUUAUGCACAGCCAGAUCACCCAUUUCGAAUCGCUCUGCGCACAGGUGGCCGUCGUUCCCUGGGGGGCCCUAUGGAACCACCUGGGACGGCCCUGAGACUCGAAUCAGCAACUUCGACUGCGGAAGAGCAUUGUGGGCAGUACGAUAUCCAGGGAAAGUCCCUUGUUGCUCGGGUAUCGGGCACUCAGUCAUCUUCACCCUCGUCAAGCCGGAGUCGGUCCACAGAGCGAGGAGCCGCGACCCGGGGCCGCAAGGUCAGUAGCCGCAAGAUCGGUGCUCGGAUGGUCGCCCCCAAGGAGAAAGAAGGUGGAAUGUGGUGCACACGAACAAGGGAGGAGGGAUGCAUUAUUGUCGCGUCUAGUGAUCAAACUGUGAAGUUCCAUGAGGUCUGGACUGGAAAAAGGACAAGUACUACCUCUGCUUGUGGACUGUUCGGUGGAAGCGACAUUCUCGAGGGCCUGGAGGGCAUUGAGAAGACUGGUGGUGAAGUCAUUCGUUAG